CAGACAUGAUGAGUGAACAACCCCACCUGUGCAAAUAUGCGUACAAGCCGUGCACAAACCUUCGUGUAGUCAAGAAAGACGGGGACCUACAUCGCCUUUGCGAGUUCCACCGUGACAAGGCCAAUGCCAUCCAAAAGAUUUACGCCACACGACGGAGACGGGAGCGUCGAGCCGAGCGGCGACGCGUCCUCAUGCAAAAGCUGCUGGGCAACAUCGAGCCUGUGCCGUUUGAUCCCCACAGUGUGCAAACCCCGAAGCGAAGAACCACCGACGACUAUGAUCAGGACGUUCUAGACGCGGAAUUGGCAGGUUUAUUCGACUGGGACGACAACCAAGUCAACACCAUGAUCGAAGACGAUGGCGAGAUGUCCUCGUCAUCCUUAUCAUCAGACGAAAACAACGGAGCGUGCCCGCGGCAGGCAAGGCGGUAGCUUCGUAGACAUACUACUAUUAUAUAUUUGAGCCACGUUAAGAUUGAAUGGCUCACGCAGCGUUGGACCCACC